AUGGCAGAGGAACUUGCGGAAUGGCUGGCACGGAACGGCACUUCUAUUGCGGACACGGGGGGCGCAAAGACAGCGCAUGAGUUUGACAGCCUUGUGCGUCCUGUGUUAGAGCAGCGCCCAGACCUGUGGCCGCCGGCAUCGUGUGGAUAUGAUGCCUUUGUGCACGCAGCGGGCAUGGUGCAGUCCAGAGCCUUCCACAUGAAGAAGGAGAAUUGGAUUACAGGAGAGAAUGAGGACGGGGAGGAGCUGUAUCUCAUCCCAGGCAUUGAUAUGAUCAAUCAUUCAUCCCGCCUUCAGGAGCGCAACACGGCUCUGGAGCAAUCCUCCGAUGGUGUGACAUUCCGCCGGAAGCCAGACCUGCCUCCAGAGGAAUACAAUGGAGGACUAUUUGUCAUGAAAGCAGGGCGUAAGGUUGCAGCCGGGGAGCAGAUCCUGCAUACCUAUGGGGAUCUGAGCGAUGCCCAGCUAUUGCAGACGUAUGGCUUUGUCGAGGACCCUGCACGCCCAAAUCGCCACAACAGAAACGUGCGGCUGCCCACAAGUGAUCUGCAGAAGGGGAUUCGGGCCUUGAGGCGGCAUCAUAAACCUGACGCUGAUCGGGACGACAGCUGGAUAAACAUUGAGGAGGUUGAGGAGCGGCUGCUGGUGGGCAAGCAGCGGCAUGAUGACCUCUUCAAGCUGGCUGCCUACUAUGUGACGGGGAAGGCGGAGUGCUUGAUCAUGCUGAGCCUGGUGGACAAGCAGCUGGACGGCAGGCUGGCAGCGCCCAACCGCCACAUCAAGGCUGCUGCCGCCACCGGCCGUCUGCGCAUGGCAGCAGUCGUGCGCGAGGCCGAGGAGAAGGCGCUGCGCGGGCUCAAGAACCAGAUCUUUCAGCUGCUCAUGGCGGCCCCUUACAAUGCCGAUGAUGCCACCGCCAUGGACGGCGAAGACUGCUUGGGUGACCUCCAGUGGGAGCCGCCAGAGGAAGAGCUCUACCCAGAAUCUUCCGGUGACUCAGAGGAUGAGGACGGCAGCGAAGAGGACCUUGAGGGGUCAGAUGAGGACUCUGAAGAUCCGGAAGAAGAGGAAGAAAAGGAAGAAGAGGAAGAGGAAGCAGAGAAUUUGAAUGGAGUCGAGGCCAGCAGCUUUCGGGAUCAGGCGCCAGAGACUGCUGGUGGGAAGGAGCUGGCAGGCGGUGGGGCGGAUGCUCCCUCUGCGGAUGAGUCAGCGCUGCUGUCCGCUUCGGUGCUGCCGGCCACGGAGAAGCGCGGCCGGCGUUCCAGCACUGUGUCCCUCAGGAUUGGGGACCCCGUCAGGAAACGCCUCAAGUUCUAGCGCGGUUGUGAUGCCAUGACGCUGCUCUGACUUCUAUUUAUUAUCACUUGUCUGCCACUUUCCUGUGUGUCCUAGUGUUGGUCUGUCCAUGCAGCAGUGUUGCAAGAUUGUCUGGGUGUCAAGUGAGUCUGGUAGCACCACAAAUUUGUUGAUGAUGAUCGUAAUUGCCACUGCUGGCAGCAAAUACAUUUGUGAUAGCCAUUCUUGUCAUCGGUCUGGUAUGGUGGUUGCUGUGGUGUGCAGCACCACUUACCGAGCCGCUUUCCUGCUGCUUUGCCACUUGCAUGCAUACAUAUGUCAAUAAGCUGACGGGAGAUCUAUGACCAUCAGUGACUUCAUUAAGUGAAACAUUUUGGAGUUCUGUAGGACUUUGAUUAUGUACAUUAGUAGAGCUUGUUUGUGUUGCUGUCAGAUUCAUGGCCUUCAUGGUGUUCAGAAACAGCUGCGCACCCCACCCGCAGGUUGACUACUAACACUAUUAUAAAUGCCAUUGUGUUGUCUCCUAUUAGUAGGAAUGCUGUUAGUUCUACAUUGUUGAUGUCAAUACUUUUGUAAGCAAUUUCAG